AUGAGCCUUUCAACAAGUGACACAGAAAACCUCUCACCUAAAGCUGCAGCUUUUUCUAUCGCCAGCCUGCUAACUAAGACUUUUGAUGAAAAUUCCAGCACUCGAAAGACAAGUGAACUCAAUCCGCCCUUAAUGGAUCUCAAAGAGAAAGGAAAUUGGUGGAAGGACUGCCAACGUGAUAAAUCACCACAAAAGACGAAAUCACCUUCGUUCUUAAGGCUGGCGAGUGAAGAUCAUUCUAUUAAGAACAUUUUGAACAACGAACAGCCGCUCACUGAGAAAUACGGAGAGAUAAAAAGAAGUGGAAUAAGAAGAAACACAUCAAUCCUUGAUCCUUUACAGCAGUUUGCUGCUUGUUGUGACUUGGUUAGAAAUCUAGACACCUUCAAGAACACUUCAUCGUAUUGCCCUCCCCAGAGGAGAGUUAUGGAGUUGCACCGAGAGGUACAAGUCGCUAUGCAACAAAGUGAUCUGUGGUGGAAAUUCUACGCUUGCGGUACAGAGAUGGUGAUUACGCGCACAGGAAGGUGAGAAAAAUUCGUGUGUAGUGAUACUUUGUGCGGCAAAAUAAUUCAGACUUUUCUUCAUUGAAAGAAUCAUCAACAAAACCUAACUACAGAUGAAUUCUUCAAAAGUCACUUCAAAUGUUUAUGAAAUACUUAUCAUCAAAAACGUAUAUGCUAAAAUUCCUAUUAUGUUUUUCGACAUGCCGGUGAAAAUUAUACAAAUUAUCUGAAAUGAAAUGUUAUUAAAUUGGUAAGAAACUCGGCCGCAUUUUACCAAAUUUUACGCCUUAAAAAAGUCAAGAUUCGAGUUUCAAUCUCUAAGUUCAAUCUUCCUGACUUCUUCGGCUAAAUUUUGUAGAAUGGAAAAGACUUUUAGAGACUUGAUAUUGAAGUGAAUGAAACUUCAGUGGUUUUGGUGUAAAUUUUCUAACCACUCUUCUGAGACACUUUCACUACCUUUGCUUACACGAAAAAAGAUUCUCGUAGCAUAUUAAUUACGGUCUAAUAACUGACAAUCUUCUAAAGAAGUUACUUAGAACCCCAGUUCACUAUCGUUUAAAUUGGCCUUAUUUUUGAAACGCAAUCUAAAGCUUACAUACAGGCUUUUUGCAUUUCAUUUAGUCAACGAUUAUUUUCACUGCGGGUAACUUGGUUUUCUUAAUUCGCGUCUGAUAAUUGCUCAAAACAUCCGACAUGGCUAAUUCCUGGGCUGAAAUAUGAAAAAUAAUGUAUCCGCUUAAUUCCUAAGUUGUUUUCAAGUAUAUCGUUUAUAGCUUUCCAUCCUUAAAUGACGUCACGUUCUAAGAUAUUUUCUGUCGGCAUUUUAACGCACGCUUUUGAAUGCUGAGAGUGCGGUCGCGUGCCACAAGAAUAGUAUUUCUCUUUUCUAUACCUUCCCCAUGUGUAACCAACAAAGCAAAUCUCUUUUUAGUUUCUUUUAAACUGUUGAUUUGCUUUUUCUGCAUGUGCCUUUCAAAGGGAGCCUUUUCUUCUAUCGAAAGUCGAUUGUUUUAAGCAAGCAGGCGAGAUUGGCGCCAGCCAAAAAUAAGCCUAUUAUUCACAAUUAAAUCUUUUAAUGCACUUUCUGCUCUUAAGAUUUAACUUUUGUAGGGGUCUUACGAUGACUUCUGAAGAAUUCUGCAUUUGAUUGUAAAUGCAUAAAAAAAAGUUUGUGGUUGUAUUUACCCGAUGUCUCAACAAAAACUGGCCGCCUGUAUUUCAUUCCUUCCUUCUACUUUUUUCUUAUGUUUGUUAUCAACAGCAAUUCCAAACUGUUACCUAUAUGACAUUAAGAGAAAAUAACUAAAACGACGUAUCGCAAGAUAGAGAGAUAACUUUUUUUUAUUUAUUGUGCAGUGUUCUUGAUACAAAAUAUACUAAAAAGGUUACAGUGUUAUAAAAUUUCUGGAUCCUUUCAAAUAUUGCUAUUAUGUUCCCCCAGGUGUAGAGUUAUUAAAAUUCGGGUUAGUGACUUUUAAUAUGCAAAAAAAUACCAGAUAUAAUAAAGAUAAGGAUUAUUCACAUGUGGACACAAAGAGCUUUUUGAUCGCUUAUCUUCCCGAGUGUGGAAUAUCUACCGAAAAUAAUUCAAUUGGCAUGUCUUCUUUGAUCAAUCACGCUCAAACAAAAGUCGAAAUCAUAGGAAGAACCGAUAGUACAAAACGGUGUGCCCCGAGGUAUCAAAAUAUCGAGAUAAUGGACACAGGUCACAGAUUAGCUUAAAUGAAUAUGAGAUUCAAGGGGCCAUAGUCGUGACAAUGAACUCGAGUUGGAAACAUUAUCGAGAUGCAAAGGGGUAAUGGACUGUCGAUUUUAAGGUGAUACGGAUUUUGUCUGUUUUCUUGAGAGCGCUAUCGUCAAAUGUAUAUAUUUUUGCUUGUUUUUGAUACCUGCAUUUCACUUCCGUCAUACAAGGUUGUACCGAUAAAAUUGUUCCCCAUCACGAGGAUCGGCAAUAUUAGCAAUAUCGCCGUUUUGAUAAUCUGUCUUUUGAGACAUUAGUUGUUUAUACAACUCCCAGAUCUGUAGAUCAGAAAAAGCGUAGGAGGUGGAAGCUACAGAUAGUAACAAAACCACAAAAGGAGAAAGGCAUAUGGGUAACGUAAAGUAAACAACCACUUAAGGGUUUAAGGCAGAUUGUCUCCUCCACGUGCCCCGCUCUCUAUGGGUGUGUCUAAUUGUUCGUGACUCCUACAAUAAUGACCGAUGUUUUGCCUCUGCUAAUGAGAAGAGAGGUCAUUUGAACAGAUGACAGUGAUCGCAUAGCAUGUGCUUUAGAUUACUCUAAAUUUGACCCUUUUGUACUUUAUUUUCAUUGUGCCCGCCGUGAUCGUAGCUCAUACAACGCAGAUAUUUAGAACUCUUGACGCGUGCCGGUCAUAACUACCGGUCUGACACGCUCACGCCUUAGGAGGGGUUUUGUCAUCAUCCUUAGAGGCUGGGCCUUAGAAUCUAUCGUUAUCUAGCUGCUUUUCAUGAAAAGGCUUCACAACAAGGCUUUCAUCAUGAAACAGCACCUUUAAAUUGCAUUUCACCUGCCUUCUUGAACCUAUCUUGGCAAAUGCGAGCAGAUUGUUUAUCAGAUGGAUCACCCCACAGAGCACACAUCCAUCAUUUAUUUGAAAUUAUCUGAUGCUAAACAGAUUCAUUUCUUUGCAGACGGAUGUUUCCCACACUUGCGCUGUCUUUCCUCGGAAUGGAUCCUCGUUGCUAUUACUCAGUGCAUGUUGACAUUGUCCCUGUAGAUGGGUACGCGUAUACGUUUGUGAACAAUAUGUGGCAAAUAAACGGAAUGGCAAGCGAGAUGCACGCCUUACCCUACAUACAGUCUUACCAAGCGGAUGAAGUCGCUCAUACAGGGCUCUACUGGAUGAAAAAUGGCGUAGACUUCAAGAAGGUUCGUCUCACAAAUCGUCGCGUUGGCCCAUUCAAAGAUGGCGAGGUUAGUUGCUCACGAUUACAUCUUAGAACUAUCUACGUAAUUAAGCUGCUAGAGCUGAUCUAUCUAGCUGGAAGAAAUUUGUUUUGUGUGGAUAUUUCCCCUAAAAGUAAUUCUAUUUGAGAAUUUUGGGUUUUUGUAUCUGAAAGAUGCAGAUAAAGAGAGCGCACCGUGUAACGUAACAGCGAAAAACAGAGAAUCAUGGGAUGGGCUCUAAGUGCGCAUGCGUUAUUUAUAGCCACGGUGUCUGGCAAAGGAAAUACUAUGAUUUUGGUUGAAUUUCCAGCUGUUUUUUAUCUUUUCAAACAUACUACACGAGCAGAUCAAAUGUUUCUAAGUUACUGCGGGUUAAGUUCACUGCGUGCUUUAGCCCGCAAGAGCUGUCAUAGGAUAUUAAGGAACUUUUUGGCGAUAGCGAGAUGACGAUUUUGGUGAUUUUCCACUGAACGAUCUCAUAACUUAUUCAUAUAUCGUUUCCUUUGUUUCCUUUGUGUUCGUGUUUCACCUCGUGUUUCUGCUUUAUUUUCAUGCUUCGAAGUUAAGCGUUUCAAAAAAACUUGAUUAUCUUAAAAUCUUUCAACUAGCUGAAGAUGAAACCGUUUAGCUUUCAGAACGCUACAUAUACAUAAUGCGAAUGAAGGCAAGUGACAGCGAGGUAUUUCAACACGACAUGAAAAAUAUACCGCGUGGCCAAAAAGUUUUUUUAAUGCAAAGUUCGCGCCGCGAACUAAAAGCGUAAAACCAAUAUCAUCCAGACUUCUUAAAUAAUUCUGCGAAAGAAUACCACCUAAGUUAAAACCACAAAGAAAAUUUUUCCCGGCAUGGCACUCUUUUUGCUUGUUUUAAUUUGUGUAACAAAAAUUCAUUUUUAAGGACAUACAGCAGGAAAAAAUGGUUGACAGAGCGAUUUUAAAGAAGAUGCUGACGGUUGAUUUUCAUUUGCACAGUUUAAAAAGUAAUAUCUAGGAUCUAAUUCGGUAUUAGUUUCAGUUUGAAUAUUCUCUUGAAAGUAGUAGAGUUUGUUUUUUUCAGAAUUGAGGCAUGAUAGAUAUUCGAUUCAGUCUCUUUGUCCCCACCUCACAAACCAAAUGUUUCAAGGAUAUCAUUUUUUCUUUUCCGUGGAGAACUGGUUUGCCAAAAGUUUUGUCGUUUCUUGUCUCUUACAGCUCCAUUUGAGUCCAAACAGAAAAUACCAGCCAAGAAUUCAUGUUGUUGAAGAAACAGAAGAAGGUGUAAAGGUUUCAUGUUCAACUUACGUGUUCCCUGAAACAACUUUUAUCGCCGUAACAACUUACCAGAACGAAGAGGUAUGUGUUCAGAUUAAGUUCCAUUUUAUGGUACUCACUACAGCUCGAGUAUCAAAAGGAAAAAAUUACGGAAAGCACGACCUCAUUUCUGAUCUGUGUUAGUUCAAAUUUCAGUAAUUUUACUAUACAAUGGUUUUAGGGGUCUCGCCAUUGCAGCCGUUUACAACAAAAAAUUUAAGACUAGAAAAUCUCAUAAGUCAAAUUUGUUCUAAUGACAAUCAAUUUAGAUUCUUCCCUCGUAAUCUCCUAUACCCUAACUUCGAGGAUGUGUUGUCUAGAUUCAAGGCUGUUACUCCGAAUGCAUUAUCGCGUCUUGAUCCUCAUAAAGGGACUUUCAAAUUGUGCCUAAAAUGUCAUUGGUUUUUGAUAUAGUUUUGGUAUGUUUGUUGACUUACGUUGUUUUGUUUUCUUUUAGUUGAUUCAAAUGAAAAUCGACCAUAACCCAUUUGCCAAAGGCUUCCGAGACAAAGGAACAAGGUAAACAUUAAAUAUUUCAUGAAGUUUUAUGAUAAGCGUUCCCACAAUGCAGACAGCUGAAAUUGGAUUGAAAAUUGUGCCUGCUAAGUAAGUUGUUGAAAAGAUUGAAGACUGACAAAGUACAAGAUAUACCAGUCCGUCUUUAUCGGAAAUCUCACGCGCAAGAUACCGAGAUAGUCGAGCCGAUUGCAUUAAAGAACAAUUUACAUGCUUGCAAAUAAAAACGGCCUGAAAAGAUAUUUUUUUAGCAAUCGCAGAGUGGCGUGGAUUACAGAUAAAAUUAUUCAAACAAUGCAUAUGAAAUUAAUUUAUAAAUUGCUAUUAAGUCAAACUUCUGUGUUCUAAAAUGCUUUCACUCACUGAGCUUACUAUCACCUAUUGUUGAAACAAACGGGAAAUUGUGAGAAACGAAUAUAGGAAAAAAUAUACAAAUAACUUAAAUCUAGUGAAAAAUUUCACGAGGCAUUCGCAAGCAGCUUUGUUAUGCUUGCAUCCAGCUAUAUCAAUAUGGCUCUGCAGUAAUCUAAAAUCGUAUUUACACGAACACAGAUCUGAAGUUUAGUCAUGUUUGACUUAUUUUUAAUCAUCAUUGUGAGAUUAAUAACAUUCUUAAUAACUCUGAAGUGUAAAAUUCUCACAUUGGGCUGAUCGAAAAGAAUUUACAUCGCCUACAAGAAAUCUUCAAUUUCGUUUAUCACGGUAUUUUCUUGUUAAAAACGAGUAACCGUCAUCAAAUCGAAACGUCGUUUGAUAUUUCUGUGCACACCAUAAACUUAAUCAAUUAAUUCAGGAACUUUCUCUAAAUAUAACCAUUAGUUAGAGCAUGUUAAAUACUACACUGCUGAACAUUUGCACACUUACUUCAUCAUCUCAAAAUGUUUGCGCGACGCGGAAAACUCGACUAAAUGCAUAUUUCAAGCGGCUCUUUAAUAUCUCAUACCUCACCUUACACAAGAGCUUUCCUCACGCGGGAAUGGAUUGAACACAUUUGUUAGUAAAUGAGUAUUUUCAGACACAAAGAAAAAAAAAAAAAAACCAGUUCUCUUCAUUUAACGUAAUGAAUUUUUCGUUCUUCCCUUGUUUUCACACUUUAUAACUUGCGGUGAAUUUACAUACGCCUUUCCCAGGCUUUGUUUUAGAAGACUGAUUUGAGUUGACAAAGCCAAAGGCAAUAAUGACAACAAUGAUGAAGAGAAUGCAAAGGAUUGUAACACUCAAAAAUAUUGUAUGAUGAUGUUAAGAAGAACAGGGAGACUUGGAUCCAUAUAAAUUUUUGAUUAGUCAAAAUAUAUACUUCUUGUUUGAAGUCCAGCUCAGAUUGAAAGUGUCUUCUAUAAAAAACAUGGAGUAACGUUAUGGAAACUGAAGUCAUGCGAUGAUUUUUUUUUACACGUAACCACGUGGUCCGAAAGCUUCCAGAAGUAAACCACGAAAAUAAUUUUGUUCCUGUGCAAAUGUGGCGUUUGUGAUAGUCUGAAAACAUAUAUUAUUGAACUGCGUUGAACCUCUGUUCAGGAAACGAGUGAAACAACUUUCAUGGAAAGCUUGCAUCUAUGAUGAGAUUUAGUAAUUUUUUGCGUAUGGUGUGUGUUGAUUUCAUAUACAGAGUUACGCUGAAUACCAAAAGCUUUAAUAAGAAUGGAGGAAAGAACACCUAUGCUUCUGUUUAAAAUGAAAUGCAUUGCAGAAAUUUAUUAGUUUUAGAAAAUUAAUCUAAAGCCCUACUAAGAAACUUUACAGUUAUUUAACUGGGACUGAAUAUUCACGGUCGAUGACGGUAUUUUUGCUUUCCAGACACAAAGCGGUUAAUUAAUCACUGAAAUUUGCGUCAAAUAUAUUAAAAAGAUACGUACAAGCAGAGGCUAAUUUGAUUCGGAUAUGUGCCCUCGGGUCGUGCGGUUUACUUCAGUGAAUCGAAAGCUGAACUUCAAAUACUUAUUUCCGGCUGACGAAAAGAGAACAUUUUUGGUUUUAUUUCCUUAUAAGCAUAAUCAAGAUGUCCAGUUAAUGUCGUAGUUCUACUAAAACAUCACGCAAUAGUGCAUCAGGGGAACAUUUGAAACUCUUUCGCCGUCCACUGUGCCUUCAUUGUUGAAUCAUUAGAAAAAGCUCUCGCUUGAUGCCACGUGGGUUAUUGUCCUUUGCUAAGGUGCGUGAAAUUUUGUUUAGUGAACAGAAUAGUAAUUAACAUAUUUAGGCUUUUUUUUUCUUCUUUUUUAAAGUCAAGAACAAGAAUCAAUUAAAAAUCUACUGGAAUAUUACUUUUUCUAUUGGAAAAAUAUUGCCUUGGAGUUUAAAGCGUAUGAGAACUAUACAUGACCCUAAUUUUUUAUAUAUAUAAGCGAUGUGAAAGGUGAUAAUAUUACGAGGAAUUAUGUGCGACGUGAUGUAUUUUCUGCUUUUUUGUUCUCACCAAUAGUGAUAUCAUUUCCAGUUCUAUUUUUUCCAACGUGUUAUAAUGCUAUUUGGCACAUGGGGCCUUUCUCGUAAAAAUUGUAUAAUUAUAGUUACUUUUGAGCUAAGUUCAUUCGUGUUUAAUAUAUCCGAAAAGCGUCCGGAGAAUAGAGGCUACCAAACUUUAUAGAUAAAAUCAAUUAAGAUUUUGAUAAGCUUCUUCUCGAAAGCCAUGAAUUUCUGAAGGCCUGGAUUUGUUUACAUGACUGCUAAGUUUAUAGUUCAACAUUAUUGAGAAAUUCCCCGUUAAAGUUACAAGUACUAUGAGAGUUAACACAAAAGAUUCUUUUGUUCAGCCUCGUGUCGCGUGCCGACAUUGAUCCCUUUCUGUUUUCUUUGCUUCAUGAAACAAAGAGAAAUUAAGAAAAAUGCUUUACCAUUCACAAACGUCUUGUGAAUAACAUACAAACACGAAAACAUAAUUUUUCUCAAUAUCACAACCUGCUUGUUACAUUUUUCCGUCAUUUUCAGUUGUUUGAGAAUGAAAGAAGAACAAAAUAAAAAAUGAUGUGUUAAAGUGGCACUUCACGAUAUCUGUUAUCUGUAUCGACACAAGACACGUAACGCUCCCUAUCCGAAAUAAAAGAAAAGUGGAGAGUUAAGUGAUAUAUUAAUCUCUAAAAAUUUAAUUUGUCCAUAAGAAUAAUAAACUUUUAUUCACUUGUGCCGUGUGUCGCGUGCCAAGCGAACUAAAUAGCCAAUUAGAACACUGUUCAAGCUGUUAAUCGCCUAUGUACCGAUCUAAUAAAAUAUGAUAAGUGAAAUUUGUGGGAUGCAUCUAUUUACGGGUAACAUCUCUUUUCGAGCUCCAGGCAACAGGCUGGGUGGAAAAUCAAAAAGCGUUUAGUUAUUUAGUAAAAGAUGCAUUUGUUCUGUGGCAAGGUGUUCAGUGAACCAAAUUUAUCAAACGAUUUCCCAUAAGAAAGCAUCAUUUGACACACCCUAAAUAUAUCUCGAUAACACUGAAAACAAAUUUUUCGUUAUUUUGUCUCUGAUCUUGUGUUGCUUUUAUAAGGAUUUUUCCACUUGAUUAAAGAGUUUUUCCUUUAUAAUUCCUUGGAAUCUUAUCUGCGUGUUUUAAUACAUUUUUGACGUCUUUGAGUAUCAGACUGUGUUUUUUAUUAUCAUUUCAAUCGAUUGUCGCUGCUGCGAUUUUUUUAAGUUUUCCAGUUCAGGGUCUUUCGUUAAAGACCAAGUUGAAAUUUAUUCAGGCAACAUUAGAAGAAGCAUACCGAAAAUAUUUAUCAAGAUCAUGUUUCAGUGCGGUUUUUUCCAUUAUAUGUUUGAAGUAACUUACUCGCAUGUUACCUUUUUCGAAAGAUGUCGCGAAACACUUGGGAUAUUGGCCCGGGUUAGAUUUAUUUAUUAAGAUGUGUUUAUUACAAUUCUAACCACAGCCCACCUAGCUGACACUCGCUGCAAAGUUUGAGAACAAAACUUUUGCACCAUACGAUUCUAUCGAGGAUAUUUUUCCCGGCUUGAACCACGCUUAAAAAUUCUUACAUAUACUCAGCGUUUUUCAAAGUCGAAUUCCACAAGUUGCGCAGAUUAUUGCUGGAGCAGGUACAACUCUCUUAUGUUGGAACUUUCUGGAGGUUAAUUUAAAGGGGCCAUUGGUUAGCCCGACUCUCCUUUGAUUUGAUCAUUCUUUCCAAAUACAAAGCUCGAGGUCUUAUAACCCGCGUGUGAAACCAAAACUUAUUCAUAUCGUUAUCAUAAUCAAGCAUGUUAAAUGUGUGCUUCGUUUUCUUGGGUGUGAACCUGCAUGAGGUUAUUUUGAUCCGUCACUUUUGCUCAAUUGUAACACAUGGUCCAACUUUAAUUAACUGUUAUAUUAGCGACUUUUUAGAAUAAGCUUAGAGCCAAUAAUAACGAAACAGAAUAUUAAAAAUCAGAGCAAAUGAUCUUUAGAGAUACACAAUUUUAGAUGUAAGGCGUGAUUUCACUUCAUUCAAAACGCCCUCUGUUACCUGAAAUCUGCCUAGUCCUGAUACAUCUUAAUGAGUAGGUCUUCGGUUAAACAAGCAUUAGUUUGAAAAAGCUCAUAUUUUCUAUACAAUUUUGUUGCAAACUGAAAAGCAACAAUCUCAUUUGUUUUACGAUUUAGCGAAGCAUGACACAUUUAAGUUGGAUGAAAUAUUUGGUCUUGUUUGUUUACCCUCGUGUCGCGUGCCAUUAAAACAACUAAUUAAAGUUAAUAUUUCGCAAAAUGCUUCGCAGCGCGACUCCAAGCUGAGAGAAUAUCACUAUUGUAGCACGAACGUGUGCCAUGUUUGAGCGCCCAGCUGAGCCACUGUUUCGCAUUAUGCUCGCUACAUUUGCGCAUGUGUUGAGUCGCGUGGAUUGGCCACGUGUAGAAGUUUGAGGAAGUUCAGAGCUCACUGCAAUAAAUUUCAAUAAUGUAAAACGACGUGGCAAUAUGAUCAAAACGGACCACUUCUAAGGAUAUUGUUGUAUUUUUCAUCAAAGAUUGGCGAUGCGUCGGUCAUAUGUUUACUGAUUUACUUUUAUCACUUUGUCGGUCAGACUGACAGACUUUUCAAGCUAACUUCCUCAAAAGAAACGUAGAAUUCAUUCAUUCAUUCGAAAUACAAAAAUGCUUUAAUUUAAUAAUUUUCCCUCACAGUACUAAACAUGUACCUCAAAUUUUAACCUUGAGUAUCAUCUUGUUCUUCCCUAGAUCUACACAAUUAACUCUUUAAGCGAUUGAUGAAUCAUUUUAACUACGAUUUAGCUAUCUAGCAUUAGAAAUUAAGUAAAUCACAGAAUAAGUACGUCAAAUAUUAAAUCUAAUGAAAAUCUUACUGUAACUUAGACAAUAUUAAUGAUUAGGGUUCCAAAGCUUUUAAUUCUACUGUAUUUUUCCGUUUCAGACGCAGAUAUCUUCCAUAUGAACAUACAGAUGAUGUGUCGGAUAGUUCCCAGGCUUCUUUGAGCGCACUCUGCUUUUCAACAACAAGAAAUGUCGAAAGAACACCGGAAACCACGCUCGUACCUGCACCACUUCACUUAAAGCUUCAUGAUUUGUCACAAUACUGAGACUUCUAUCAACAGAAGAAUUUCGCAUGUUUACUUGCUUCUCUUUGCAACGCCAAGAAAUGCAUUAGAUAUGAACUCAGCGAAAUAAAUAUAUAAAAAAAAUAAAACAUGUUGAGAGAAAAGAAAGCAGAAGAAACCUCAACGUUAGCAAAUGUGACAGAACUGAAUGUUUUGUUGAAAAAAUUUACUUUUUUUUAAAAUACCCAUUAAAAAAAAUGCGGGAUUCUGUUUCAUGCGAUAUCAACCGAGGUAUUGCCGGUUGACUCGAUCCAGGCCUUCAGUUCGUAAACGGACAGCGAUAAGCAAGCCAAGCUCCCUUGCUUUUCGCUGUUAGGUUUUAUCGCGCCCUUAUACAAUUUAGAGAGGGGACUAGCGCCGCAUGGCAUGUCAUUAGAAUUUCUGAUUAAGAACCGAAAGUCAGGUUGGCUGACGCGAAUAGGUUUUCCUGUGAAUUUCAAUUAAUGUAUACAAGGAAAACGCAUUUUGACCAAGAAACAAAGAAAAUUUUUGUAAAAAGUUGACGAUUACAGGAUCUUUUUGCUUUAUUUGAUGCAAGUGGUUAAGUUACAC